AUGAACACCGUUUUAUCUCAGAGUAAAGCUCGUCUGUUGCAGAUGCGGCCCCUGGUAGGUAUCCCGUCAAGAGGACAAUUACGUAAUACAACUUCCUUCCUAUGGAAAAGAAGAUUUUCUUCCAAGAUGGCUAUAUAUCAAAAAUUGAAAGCUGCACCGAAUAAAAGAUCUUCUAGCACUAGACAUGCUCGAAAUAUCGUUAAUCAUGUGACCCAAAAUGAUAAAAAAAUUUCUUUGAAGUGGGCUGUCCUCACAGGUGUCACUAUAUUCAUAGGUACUAUCAUAUACACAUCCAGACAUAACUUUAACAUAACAAUUGAUAUACAGGAUUCAGAGGAGAAGGAUGUUGUCUCAAGUAAUAGCCGUCGCAAUAAAAAUAUUAAGAUAUUUAAUAACAAUUGGCUUUUCUUUUGUUAUUCAACUUUACCGUUGAACGCUGUGUCUAGAUUAUGGGGACAAUUCAAUAAUCUCACUCUGCCCAUGUGGUUCAGACCAAUUGGUUAUAAAUUUUACACUUUCUUGUUCAAUGUUAAUCUAGAUGAGAUAGAAGAUCCUGAUCUUUAUCACUAUGCAAAUUUGGGAGAAUUUUUUUAUAGAAGGAUAAAACCUGAAACAAGACCGAUUGCACCAGGUGAGGACGUAAUCGUGUCCCCAAGCGAUGGUCAAGUGCUACAGGCAGGUGUUAUAGAUUCUGAAACAGGCGAAAUCCAACAAGUUAAAGGUUUAACAUAUUCUAUUAAAGAAUUUCUAGGUACUCAUGAACAUCCAUCAAUGGUUAGAAGUGAAUCAAGUUUAAAUCUUCUGGCGAAUGAAACUGAACAUGAAAAAUUUGCAAAGAAGAAUAAAUUCGAUUUAUUUAUUAAUGGAUCAAAUAAUGGGAGUAGAACAGAUAUAUAUAAUAUUUCCCUUAAAGAAGAUGGAAAUGUUACUAGUAUUAAAGCUGAAGGUGAUAAAUCUUUAGCAAAAUUCGAUACUUCAAGUUCAAAAACUUUGAAGUUGAUUAAUGAAUUGUCUACAAAUAUCCCGUAUUACAAUCUCUAUUCAAACGUUGAACCAAAAAAUACUGACCUUUAUUUUGCUGUAAUAUAUUUAUCUCCUGGUGAUUAUCAUCAUUAUCAUUCCCCAGUUGAUUGGGUUUGUAAAAAAAGAAGAUAUUUCCCAGGUGAACUAUUCUCCGUUUCACCUUAUUUCCAACGCAAUUUCCCAAACCUGUUUGUUUUAAAUGAAAGAGUUGCAUUACUGGGUUACUGGAAGCAUGGGUUUUUCAGUAUGACUCCAGUAGGUGCUACAAAUGUAGGGUCUAUUAAACUAUCAUUUGAUCAAGAAUUGGUCACUAAUAUAAAGAGGGCAAAAAAUGUAGAUCCACACAUUUGCUAUGAAGCUACAUAUUUAAACGCCAGUAAAAUUCUUGGUGGUAUGCCACUAACGAAAGGUGAAGAAAUGGGUGGAUUUGAAUUAGGAAGCACAGUUGUUUUAUGCUUUGAAGCACCGAAGAAUUUCAAGUUUAAUGUCAAUGUUGGGGAUAAAAUCAAGAUGGGUGAAAAGCUGGGGUCGUUAGAUGGUAAUUGA